AUGGCAGGAGGUGGUAUGAUGAUAAAGUGCUCCGACUGUGGGAGCAAUGUAGAUAUCCUUGCGAUGGGAGACCAUGUCUGCGGUACAUCGCGAACACCAUCUCCUCCCCCGCCUGCACCUCCUCCCAAGUCGGAAUUUCGGAGACCAACAUUGGGAGCAGAGGAUGCCUGGUCCAUCAAAAACGGGCGAGCAGGACCGCCGUCACAUAUCGAUCCUUUUAGAGCUAACCAGCCGUUUCUCCAACCUAAUGGUGGGCAAGACGGCAAUAAUUCUCUUUUCCCAUCUCCUCUUUCACCCUCUCCUCUUUCACCAUCUCCGGGGUCGCGGUCACCGCUGCGCACUUCGCCCCUCCCUCAACCCCCUAGUACAGCAAGCAGCAACGGCGAGAGUUUCCCUAGCUUCCCUCUGCCUCGAUCGAUGUCCGGGCGGCGGGUUAACGGGAUGGCAUUCAAGGAUGCCAUUUCGGCACCAUUAGCCACUUCUCCUGCAUAUGCAGAUGCAAUGAACAGGGAUGUUGAUCAACCUCCUCACAGUGCGCAUUUGCCAUUCGAGGACCAACCACCACCACCACCACUACCGAAGGAUAACGCAUACUUCCAUCAACACAAUGCUUCAAUAGAGAGUAAAAGCAGCUAUAGAACCUCUCUGGCGAGCACCAGGUACGGCGAUCGAAAUUCAAAAAGAUCAACAGCAAUCUCAAGCCGGUCGUUUGGAAGUGUGGCGUUGGCUGGGUACAGAUAUGAGGAAGACAUCCCCCCUAUUCCGCAAUCUCCUCCAAACCUGUUCCACCAGUCAGUUUUCUCGGAUUCGUCAAUGUCAGACACGUCCUUUAGGCGGGAUGGCAAACACGACGUUCACAGUGGUUUCGAUUUCGGACCAGGGUAUCUCGACAAACCAGCAGCGAGCCCUCUACGUGCAUCAUCAAAUGCGGACUCGGAACGUUUAAGUGGUUCUCGUGGAUCCGGCGGGCUAUUCUAUCACAGCCCUUCGGAGAGCACCUAUGGGCCUCCAGUGGAUUUGGCUAACGAAGCGGAACGAUCAGUAUCGCCAACCGGAUCUAACAAGACCGACUACAAGGUUUUCAAGCCCUCGGCGUCGGACUAUUUACAGCCAACUCUGCCAGAACAGAAUGAACAACACGAAAUUCCUAGGAAAAAGUCGGAUGCUAGUAGCGAAAGUGCCAUUUCAGUGUCCAAUUUCGCUCGUGCCCUUGGUCUCGACAUUUCCGACGAGGCCGUGGAGGAUUCGACAGCGUCUUCUGACUCUUCACCUUCAGAAACUAGAAGCGGCACCUCGCUAUCUAGCGUUCAAUCGGACGUGAGCUCGUCCAGGCGAAAGCCCUCCGAUCUGCCUGCUCUCGGCCCAGUCGUUGAGGAACCUUCGAAAGAAUCUCCGGCGAAAUCAGAAGAUUUCCUGGAUGAAGCCCACCACACGCAAAGUCCCAUGACUCUCGAACCCCCCCGCAUCCCCGAAUUUUUCUCCAGCCCUGACUCCCCAACAGACCCAAGCCUUGGAAAGGGUGGGCUGUCUCUUAUUCCCGAAGUGCCUAAUGACUCGGAAGACAUGGAAGAGCCCAAACCACUAGCACGAUCCGAAACGCAAUCUUCGACCCGUCCACAACAAGGAGGAAAGCCACGAGGACCCUGUCGAGGCUGCGGCGAGGUAAUUCUAGGCAAGUCCAUCUCAUCGGCCGACGGCCGUCUGACAGGCCGCUACCACCGCGGAUGCUUCGUCUGCUUCCAGUGCGGCUCAGCGUUCACAACAAACGACUUCUACGUCCUCCGCGAUCGCCCCUACUGCGCACAGCACUACCACGAAAACAACGGCUCCCUCUGCGCCGGUUGCCGCUCUGGUAUCGAAGGCGAAUACCUCGAAACAAACGAACGCACCGGCCCCGGCCCCGCCGACCGCCAGAAAUUCCACCUCGACUGCCUGCGCUGCCGCACCUGCAACAUCGAUCUCCACGGCGAAUACUUCGAAUGGAACGGCUUCGUCUACUGCGAGCGUGACGCCCGCCGCGCCGCCGCCUCAGUCUCCCCAAAUCGCUUCCGCCGUCCAACCAUGCCCUCCUCCCCUCUCGCUCCUCCAGGCAUGAUGCCUCCUCCAGGCCGCGGACGACCACCUCCUCCAGGCUACCCCGGCCGUGGUCGUGGCCGUCCCCGCCCACCACCAGGCUCAUUCGACGGCUACGGAGCACCCGGGCCAGGACGAGGACCAUACCCACGCCCUCCACCUUCUCCAGGUCCCAACCCCAGCCACCUCGGCCCACCAGCAGGCGCACGCCGCUUCCCUGAGCGCCGAACAACCAAAUUGAUGAUGAUAUGA